CAACAUCUCCCGAUGUUAUCCAUGUACUGGAUAUAUCCUUAGAAGUCAGAGAUGCAGAAGUCUGAUCAUCAUGAGCAGAAGCUAACUUCACUAAGAGGGUUAAUCCAUAAGAUACUUCGUCGUACAAAUAGCAAGCGUUCUCCCACUGCAGCUGACCAACAACCUUCUCCUGUAUCUCCAGAAACAAGCAACUCAUCAAUAUUCUCAAAGCAAAAGGAUGUUGAUGAUGCCAUCAAGGAUUCAGAAAAGCUGAGCACACAUACUAUCAGAAUUGAAGAUGAGAAAUCUGAUUUGCUAGGGUCUGAAAUUUAUUCUGGAAAGCUUACAUUAGAUAACAAAACAAAAAGUUCAUCAAAUGAACAGUCUGGAUCAGGAUCUAGUAGCAAUUGCUUUGAUGCUAGGCUCAGCACUGAAGCCCUAAUAUGGGGUUCUAACAUCCUUAAGCUUGAGGAUAUUGUAUCUGUAUCAUAUAAUUCUGGUCUCCGGUAUUUCACCGUGCAUGCUUGUCCUCUUGAAAAAAUAUCCAGUGGACUCUCCUGCUUUAUGAAGCCUAGAAGAACCCAAACGGACUUGAAGUUCGUAUCCUCUUCUCCGCACGAGGCCUUUCGGUGGGUUAAUAGUUUUGCGGAUCAGCAAAGUGGAACCCAUAUUUAA